AUGCCGGUCGUCAAAGGAGGCGUUUGGACGAACAUUGAGGACGAAGUUCUUCGAGCUGCGGUCUCGAAGUACGGUCUCAAUCAGUGGGCGCGUGUAUCUUCGCUACUAGCAAGGAAGACUCCGAAACAAUGUAAAGCGCGAUGGGUUGAAUGGCUCGACCCUGGAAUCAGGAAGGUGGAAUGGUCGCGGGAAGAGGAUGAGAAGUUGUUGCAUCUGGCCAAGUUGAUGCCGACACAAUGGCGAACGAUUGCACCGAUCGUGGGUCGAACAGCAACCCAAUGCUUAGAGCGAUACCAGAAGCUUCUGGAUGAGGCAGAAGCCCGUGAGAACGACGAGCUCGGGUUAGGAGGUCCUGGUACAGAAGCUUCUGCCCCCAGUGCAGACGACGUCAGACGCCUGCGACCUGGCGAACUUGACCCCGAUCCGGAAUCAAAGCCCGCCCGCCCAGAUACUAUUGAUCUUGAUGAAGAUGAAAAGGAGAUGCUGAGCGAGGCGCGGGCCCGUCUGGCAAACACACAGGGUAAAAAGGCAAAGCGCAAGGCUAGAGAACGACAACUUGAGGAAUCGCGACGACUUGCCGUCCUCCAAAAACGCCGUGAGCUGAAAAAUGCCGGCAUCAACAUCAAGGUCGUUACUCGAAAACAGGGCGAGAUGGAUUACAAUGCGGAUAUUCCAUUCGAAAAGCCAGCAGCACCUGGAUUCUACGACACCGCGGAGGAAGAAUUGCGCAAUGAAAGACAGCGAGAAAUGUUUGACCCCCGGAAACAGCAGCUAGCGAACAAGCGCAAAGGAGAUCAAGACGAAGAUGCAGAACGGAAGAAGAGGAAGAACGAUAAGAACAGUAACUCUGCCGCUUUUGCGGCUGCUGCUCGAGCAGGCCAGAUGCAAAAGAUUCGUGAGGCAGAACAAAGCAGCAAACGGAGAGCCCUUGUCCUUCCCAGUCCUCAGGUCAGCGAAAGCGAAAUGGAAGAUAUUAUCAAAAUGGGGAUGGCAGGAGAUAAAGCCAGCAAGAUGGUUGGGGAUGAAGAAGGGACCAGAGGCUUACUAGGGAAUUACUCCGCCAUGGUCGGAGGGACACCCAUCCGAACGCCUAGAGCACCCCCAGAGGAAGAUCACAUUGCAAACGAAAUUCGCAACAUCAGAGCCCUCACGGAAACUCAGUCUUCACUGCUGGGCGGAGAAAAUACGCCACUACAUGAGGGAGGGUCUUCUACUGGUUUCGACGGCAUUGCACCCCGCCGUCAACAGAUCGUCACGCCAAACCCCAUGGCCACUCCCUUCCGGCAAGGUAACCCAGUAGGUGCAACGCCCGUGCCGGGAGGUGCUGGCCCUGGUGCCACUCCCCUCCGAACGCCUCGUGAUCACUUCUCAUUGAAUAAAGAGAUUGGUGGUGGGCAGCUGAUUGGGAGCACGCCUAGGGAGAUAAAGAUGCAGGAGAACCUUGCACGGCAAAGCAUCCGCAGCAGGCUUGCGGCGCUUCCCAGGCCGAAGGAAACUGAAUGGGAACUAGAAGAGCUGCCGUCUGAAACAGCUGAACCAGCCGCGAUGGCACAGUAUUCCGAGGAAGACUCGGCUGUUCGAGAUGCACGGGAAAGGGAAGCUCGGGAGCGAGCGGCUCAGGCUGAACACAGACGCCAGACACAGGUGUACCAACGCGCUCUGCCUCGGCCUGUUGUGCUCGAUAUCGAUGCACUAAUGGAGCGGGCGUCCCAUGUCACAGAUCCAAAUACCGGUCUGAUAGCUAGAGAGGCUGCUCUGUUGAUCGCCAACGAUGCGCGCAAGUUCCCUGUUCCCGGUGCCAAGGUCGAAGGCAAGCCUCGCAAGUUGGAGGUGCUCGAUGACCAGUGGUUGGAAGAAGCCCGUGCCGCAAUUGCGGCCGAGGUUUCCUCCGGCAAGCUGGAAGAGUGGUCGAAUGAGUUUGAUACUCAGUGGUCAUCAAGCCGUCAGAACGCUCUGCCUGGUCUUUCCAACUAUGCCGACGACGAUGAGGAAGACGUGUAUCAGCAAGAACAGCGAAUGAUUGGCGUCUUCGACAAUGUGCAGGCCUCAUUACUCGCUACCGCUGAACAGGGUAAUAAGCUGGAGAAAAAGUUGGCCUUGCACUACGGUGGAUAUCAAAACCGGGCGAAGAUGCUCCGGACCAAGAUUACGGAGGCCCAUACAGCCUUGGAGAGAUCGAAGGAUGAACUGGACGCUUUCCGCACACUCCAGAUUUCGGAAGAAGCUGCGAUCUUCAGGAGGCUGGAGAAACUACGAGAAGAUGUGGCCUUCGUCAUGCGGAGAGAAAGAGAAGCCCAGGAGCAGUAUCGAUCCAGGAAGGAAGAACUGGACGAGCUGGUUGCGGGCGCCGGAGGCAUGGACGGUAAUUGCUUGCUGAACACUAUGGGUGGCAGAGAUGAAGCCGCCGGGACGCCGGACCCCGUCGAAAAGGGAUUCGCCACCCUCAACACCAUCAGGAUCGGUGUAAAGGCCAUGGUCCACAAGGACGGGGAACUGAGAAAAGCAGAGAUCUUGUCAAUAAAGCAGCGCAAAGAUGGGCUUGCUUUCUACGUUCAUUAUGUUGACUUCAAUAAACGUCUCGACGAGUGGGUUGCUGCUUCCAGGCUUGACUUGUCCCAAGAGGUCGAAUGGCCUCAGCCGGAGAAGCCGGAAAAGAAGAAAACCGGGCCUGCCAACAAGGCUCCUAGCAAGAACAAACGCGUGAGAGCUGGCAGUCGUGAUGUCUCGGCCACUCCAGACCUUCUCACUGGCAAAAAUAUCAAUGUGGGCAAAGCCCAGCGGCCAUCGAAAGCAGGCGGCAAGGAGAAUCGUGGUGACGAGACUCCUGUGAACCUGUCUAUGUUGGGAUUGGAAGCGGUGUCUGCGGACGGCACACCCCAAGCUGACUCUGAGGAUAUUGAUAUGAUGGACGCUAGCUUUGUUGAUGCCAAGGAGAUAAAGGAGGAGGAGAAGGCCUUGGGCUUAAUGUCGCGGGAGGAGGAGAUUGAAAAACUACGUACCAGUGGCAGUAUGACACAAAACCCGACUGAAGUCCAUCGAGUGCGGAAUUUGGACCGGCUCCAGAUGGGCAAGCACGAUAUUGAGCCGUGGUACUUCUCUCCCUAUCCUGCCUCUUUUUCUGAUGCAGAAGUGGUAUACAUUGAUGAGUUCUGCCUGAGCUACUUCGACGACAAACGCGCCUUCGAGCGACACCGCUCUAAGUGUACCCUCACGCAUCCUCCUGGCAACGAGAUCUAUCGAGACGAUAACAUCUCAUUCUUCGAAGUUGACGGCCGCCGACAACGAACAUGGUGCCGCAACCUCUGUCUGCUCAGCAAACUUUUUCUUGACCACAAGACUCUGUACUACGAUGUCGACCCCUUCCUCUUCUAUUGCAUGUGCACUCGAGAUGAAACCGGUUGUCACCUCGUGGGCUACUUCUCCAAAGAGAAAGAGUCCGGCGAGGGCUAUAAUCUGGCUUGUAUUCUCACACUGCCCCAAUACCAGCGGCGCGGUUACGGAAGACUUCUCAUCUCUUUCAGCUACGAGCUGAGCAAGCGCGAAGGAAAGGUCGGUUCUCCUGAGAAGCCACUCAGUGAUCUUGGGUUGCUGGGUUACCGACAAUACUGGCGCGAAACACUCGUCGAGAUUCUCUUGGAUUCUGGACGCGAAACGGUCAGCGAGAACGAGCUCGCUGUGUUGACGUCUAUGACUGAAAAGGACGUACACGAGACAUUGGUGACCUUUAAAAUGCUCAGAUAUAAUAAAGGACAAUGGAUUAUCGUGCUUACAGACGAGGUUAUUGAAGAGCGCAACAAGCGCUUGGAGAAAGAAAAGGCGAAGGGGUCUCGCAAGAUUGACCCGGCAAGACUUCAGUGGAAGCCUCCUGUUUUCACUGCUUCCAGCCGAACAUGGAAUUGGUAA